AUGGCCGCGUCCGUCGCAACCUCGGGCGUCGCGGCGCCGCGCGCACUGCGCGCGUUCAACGUCAGCCGCGGGAUACGAAGCGCUUCCGUCCACCCCCGCAGGACGGGCCCCUCCUCGACCACCCGGGUCAGCGCGUUCGAGGAUCAGACCGCGCCGACGACGGCCGAGCUUCCGCCCACCGACGCCAUCGCCAAGGACGGCGUGGAGGGCUACGUCGCCGUCCUCGAGGCCGCGUACGGCGACGAAUCCCUCGGUAACGCCGUCCGCGACCGCAUGGCCGACGACAGGCAGUUCAGCAUCGGCAUCCGCGGGGCGAUGCAAGAUCCAAAGUACGCCGAGAGGCUCAAGGCGGCCAUCGACUCGUCGCCGUACAUGCAAGCCGCGGUCGCCGAGGCGACACGGAGGCGGCAGGAGAGCGACGCGGUGCAGGCGGUCAUGGGCGACGACAGCGUCCAGGGGCAGCUCGCGCAGAUGAGCUCCAACCCCGAGCUGCUGCGUCAGACCCAAGAACAGAGCGAGACGCUGUUGCGGAAAGUCGCGGGGGAGCUCGCGGACGGGGUGAGGGAGUACAGGGAGGAGUUCGAGCCGGACGCGGACGAUCUCAUCGCCAAGUUCGGCGAGAUCUCCGAGAAAGGGUACGAGAGCUUCGUGAGGAUCGCCAUGGCGGACGUCAAGGUCAAGAACGCGGUCAUCAACGCCCUGCUGGACGAGAUGGAGGAGGCGCAAGGGACGGGCAAGUCGGGCGAAGAUGGCGACGGGCUCAUCCGCGAGACGGAUCAGUGA